AUGAUAGUAGAUUCGUGCGUGCUGGGGCGUUGGCAAGAGUUUUGGCAGAAUUGUUUUGGCUCAAGCUUGCGAAGGCUUUUAUGGAGGCAAAGGAUAUUGACCGAGUGCUGUGCCAAGUGGACGGCGCCAGUGCGACGGACGCGGCACGGUCCCGAGCCGCUGCUGCACUGCGCACUGCCUUAUGUGUUCCCUGGUUACUCCCCAAACGAUAACGUACGAGCG